AUGGUAAAAACAUUACGUUUCGCUGACCAGGAGGUCCCAGUACCAGGGUUUGGUGCCAUGGGCAUCAGCUUUGCCUUUGGCACGAAUCUCAGCUAUGACGAAGCCGAGCCAAUUCUCCUCAAAGCCUUAGAGAUGGGCUGUACAUUUUGGGACACUGCUGCAAGUACCGAAGUCGGGCGCUUCGCCUCCAAAUGCGGCGUUGCCGUUUUCGAGGACGGUGCAGUCACCAAUUCUGCCAAGCAUAUCAAGACCUAUAUGGACGGAACGAUAGAGAGACUAGGGUUCACUCCUGAUCUCUACUAUCUCCACCGAAUUGAUCCAGAUACUCCUCUUGAGGAAUCCAUUCCCGCGUUGGAAUCACUCCGAAAGGAAGGCAAGACCAAAUACAUUGGCCUUUCGGAAUGCUCGGCGAAGACACUUCGAAAAGCAAACUCAAUUGCUAGAAUCCACGCUGUUCAAGCAGAGUAUUCUCCGUUCGAAACUCUCCAUGAGUCUGAUGGUCUGGUCGACACUGCUCGCGAGCUAGACAUCACAUUUGUUGCGUACGGGCCUUUGGGACACGGCUGGCUUGUGGACCAUUUUCCCUAUGAGACCCCAGAGUCUUUUGCCGAUGAUGACUAUCGUCGUACUAUCCCAAAGUUCCAGGGCGAAAACUUCUAUGCCAACAAGAGAAUUAGCGAGGGCUUUAAGAAAAUUGCAAAACGUAAGAACUGUACUAUGGCUCAAGCUGCAUUGGCUUGGGUCGCAGCUCAGGGAAUGAUCGCACUCCCUGGCACGACUAGACCAGAUCGCCUAGAAGAAAAUUGGAGCUCGCGAGACAUUGAGCUGACAGACGAAGAUCUCAAAGAAAUGCGCACCCUCGUUGAAACGCUGAGGCCACAAGGUAAUCGGUACAGCGAGGAGGCAGCGAAGGCCAUUGGGAAUUAA